AUGGAACCCAGGGAGAUCUUUGUGAAGGAAGGCUACUAUGCUAACGUUCGUCCUAGUCUUGGCGCGAAGGUCAUCCUCUCAGUCCACGGUGUUGUCAAUUACUUGUCGCGUAGUGGUUUGGAGCGCCUGGACAAUUUUGAAAGCCCACAUUAUGAACGGCGUUGGGUGAAAGUACAGCUUUAUGGAGGCGAUGGUGAAGUGAUGGAAGCGAUGCUCUAUAUACAGCCUCAGAGGGAACAAGGGAUAGAGGGUCUUCCUGGGAGGAGGUACCUGAAGACGUUGAUCGCUGGAGCGGUGAAGGCCGACUUGGACCAGUGUUGGAUUGCACGACUACAGUCUUUGCCCUUCGUGGACUUCAGGAAAUUCGACAUCGAUUCAGCAGAGAGGAGAGCAUUGAUUCAUGGUCGAGUUUUUGAGAAGGAAGAGAUUGUUGACUCGCGUAAGAUGCAGAAUAGGCUGCUUGUGAGCCUGUUAGGGAUAGUUUUGGCGACUCCGGAAAAUCUCGAUAAAAUCGAGAAAAUGAUUUAUAGCAGCGGGGAUGAUCUCAACGUAACCCUAGCUCGUUUUGUUUCCUACGAGCCGCCACCUGUGGACGGUCGGAAUUUGAGUGCGGAGCAUCGUGGCUUCAUAGAAACGGUGAUGGAAUCGGCAACGACUGAUACGCGUCGACUCGAGAUCGUGGGUAGGCUGGCGGGAGAAUUCGAUUUCUAUUGGAACAACAAGGGAAAUCUCUAA